AUGAGGAAAGAAUUGAGUAUACUGCAAGGCAUAGGCAGAGUCUCACUCUUCUUUGGCAGUCUCAUCUUCUUCCAUGCUGCCUACUCGACCUGGGAAGCUCGAGUCCUGUCGGCGGAUCCAGAGCUAAGCCGGGGUUCUCUGCCCAAAGACAUCUUCCCCGAAGUGAUUGCUUCGUUUACCUUGCUCGCACUCGGCGUCGUCUUUACUGCCACUCCGCUCAAGGAGAUCUCGUGGGUUUCAGAGUACAGGCACCGUAACAUCGAUCAGAUCGAUGCCAGAGUGGGUUUCAUGGAUCUACACCACCGAGGGAAACUCUUCUUUGGCGAUGGCGUGCCUGUGAAGAGUGCGCCUACCAUCACUUUGACGGGCGAAAGUGGAGAGGUCAAGGUAGAGUAG